GUGACAUAUUCUGGAUUCGUUUGGUUUGAAUUGAUUUACUCAACUGCUCGUGAUCGUAAAUCUGGUGACCGAAGAGGAUAAAGGAGGAAGAACUGUACCUGUUUAAAGAUUCUUGCAAAGGAAGAUAAGAUGCAUCAUUUGUCAUGCUUGAAACUUGAGAAAAUUGUCGACAACGUCACAGCCAUACGUACAGCCAUUGAAUCUGCUCGACCACGAGGCCAAUCGGGAAUACUGGCGCUGUGCUCGUUACACCAAUGCCUGGAAAAGUGCAAGUUGCUGCUUCGACAUUGUUCCAACUCCAGCAAACUUUAUCUGGCAAUCAGUGGAGAGAGAAUAAUAUGGAGGUGCGAAAGGCUUCGAUAUUCUUUGGAAGCAUGUCUGAGCCAGCUACAAGACAUGGUCGAACCCAAAUUGGCUACCCAGAUAUCCCAUGUUGUUGAUUAUAUCAAAACUGUGGCUUUUACCAUGGAUUCAGCAGACAAAGAAGCUGCAAAAGUGCUACUGAGUUUACUCCAACGCCAUAGAGAAGCAUCAAGUUUUGCUGAUCUUGAAGAACUCAAUGCUUUCAAAUUUGCAGCUUUUAGGCUACAGAUUACAUCCCCCAUGGUUCUCACGGUCGAAAAACAAUCCAUAAAAGAUCUUCUAAGCAAGAUUCAGGAUACCGAUCCUACUGCAAAGAAAAUCUUGAACUAUUUGCUAUAUCUCGUGGGGAAAUAUGGAGAAUCAAUCGUAGAACAAGAACCAGAAACCAUUUCUAAUGAAUCAAAUGAAGAGCCGGAAGGCGACGAUGAUGUUUCAAUUGAAUCUUCAGAUACGAAUAGCGUAGAUUAUGUUACAGAUUCCAGCACAGAAGAUGGAUCUGGCAAGAUUAUUCAUGAUAAAUCUGAGAGUUGUAAAUCUCGUGAUACCAAUACAGAUGAUGGCACAAACUUGUUUGUUCUUCGAAAGCUUUCGGUGCUUCCAUGGGCGUUAAGAUGUAAGGCGGUGGAAGAUGUAAUCAACGAGUUGACGAAGGAAGGCGGCUCUCGAAGCUUCGUCUCUACCAGUUACAUCAAAACAGUUUUUAAGUUUCUGAAAGGGGCUCAUCGAUUAGGCGAUUCAGGAGCCAAAAGAAAUGGAGCAAAGUUGCUGUUGUUGUUCUUGAAUGAAUCCAGAAGUGAAGUGCCACCUUUACCGAAAGAGGCAAUGCACUACUUAUACUACUUAUUUCUGGAUUUAGAAAUCGUUGAAGAAGCCUUACCGAUAUUAGAACUUCUAUCCUGUUACCAACAUUACAGUUCGGAAAUAGUAUCUUCGGGACUUCCAUCAUUCCUUCUAGAACUCAUCAAAAACCCAAAUAGCGAACACCAUAAUUUCGCCUUAAGAAUUCUUUGUAAUCUUUCGGCUCACACGAAUCUUGGAGACCACCUCGUAUACCUCGGAUUCAUCCAACAUCUGGUGCCAUUUCUCGACGAUUAUAUUCUGUCUGCCUAUUGUGUCAAAAUCUUCAGGAAUUUGUGCACGAUUGAGGAAGCAGCUGCUCAAUUGAUCGGAGAUGAAAACUGUAUCGAAUCCAUUGGAGAUAUUCUUGAUCAAGAAGGUAAGGAUGAAGAGCAAGAGAAUGCACUUCAUAUCUUACUGUGUUUAUGUCAUCAACAUGAGGAAUUACGAGAUGUUUUGAUGCAAGAAAGCAUCGUUUCUUCUUUGGUGGAUAUUUCGCAAAACGGGAGUUGCGGAGGGAAGUUGACUUCGAUGAAGUUGCUGAAGUUCCUAAAUAAUGAUCAAGAAUGUAGUACUACGGACGUCCGUCAGAACACACAUGUUGAGGCUGAAGAGUUGCAACUUCUCUCCACAGACAUUAGCGUGUCUUGAGUUAUUUGGGAAAUUAAAUGGCGUUUCGAAACUCGAAACAAGCUUUGUAUU